UUACCGUGUUCAAGAUAGCAACGCCACGACGGCUGUGUUAUUACAGCACUAGUGCUAGGAGCACGCGUUGUAGAACUGAACUUUAUCUGAUACUAUUCACGCCAAGGGAGCAGACAACUUACAAGUCAAGGUUGUUCAAGUACAGUGCUGGGGCUAGACCGAGAGGGGCGUGAUGGAGGGAAUUCCAUCAGUGCAAGUAUGACUUUGGUUGGAUAAUCUGCCAACCGUUCGAACUCGACCCAAAAUUUCAUCUGGAUAAAUUGGAUACUAACCCAAUCAACCACUCGUACCUCAAAGAAAUGGCGUCGACCAUUGCCGAGAUCCCACGAGAAGUUCUAGAGACUUUCGCUAGAUCAGAUGAAUAUCACAAUUCCUUCUUGCUCCGUCCAGACGAGGGACUGGAGUAUGCGUCGGAGCACAUUAGAGAGAACGGACUUAUGCAUCAUAUGUCAGUUCCAGCUUCCCAGGGCGAGUUCUUGAAACUCGUGGUGCUCGCUAUCGGGGCGAAGAGAGUGCUCGAAGUGGGAACACUCGGAGGAUACUCGACAAUCUGGAUAGGUCAGGGGCUCCCAGAAGACGGGGAACUGAUCACACUCGAGAUAUCGGAAGUUAAUGCCAAGGUUGCGCGCGAGAAUUUAGCUAAAGCGGGAAUCCGCAAUGCCAGAGUGCUGGUUGGAAACGCCAACGAAACCCUCGCGGGUCUCCCAACAGAGGAGCCAUUCGACUUGAUUUUCGUAGACGCUGACAAGCAAAGCUACCCUAACUACUUCCUCGAAGCGAAACGCUUAGUCCGGACGCAUGGCGUCAUCAUCAUCGACAAUGUCGUGCAGAAAGGCCGGGUUGCUGAUAGGAGCUUUGCGCGCCCUCCCGCCAUCGGCGUAUAUCCUAACGACUCCACUGUCGACGGCGUUCGUACACUGUUGAAGUUGUUGAAAGAGGACAAGGAAGUGGAAGCGACAACGAUCGCAACAGCCAACGAGAAGGGUUACGACGGCUUCUUGUAUGCAAUCAAACUGUAGUAUCCUACAACUCGAAUAUGUAGUUCAGA